UUUUUCCCGUGCUCCUCUCGGCCAGCAGCCCAGCACGCUGUCGGCGCUAUAGCAACGGUAGCUACCUGCGGGGAGACAGUGGCGACAGGCCAUGUCUGGUCCAACUGAUGAGACGGCAGGAGACCUGCCUGUGAAAGAUACAGGUCUAAACCUCUCUGGAAUGGGAGGGUUACAAGAAACUUCAACAACACGGACAGUGAAGUCUCGCCAGGCAGUGUCACGUAUCAGUCGUGAGGAACUGGAAGACAGAUUUUUGCGUUUGCAUGAUGAGAACAUUUUACUUAAACAGCAUGCCCACAAGCAAGAGGAUAAAAUUAAAAGAAUGGCCACCAAGUUAAUACGGCUAGUUAAUGACAAGAAAAGAUAUGAGCGGGGUGGUGGCGGCCCCAAGCGGCUGGGACGAGAUGUGGAAAUGGAAGAAAUGAUUGAGCGGCUGCAAGAGAAAGUGCAUGAGCUUGAAAGACAGAAUGAAGUCCUCAAAAACAGACUCAUUUCAACCAAACAGCAACUUCAAAUCCAGGGUUACAGGCAAACACCGUACAAUUACGUGCAGUCUCGUGUUAACACGGGGCGUAGAAAAGUGAAUGAAAAUGCAGGCUCACAGGAAUGCCCCAGGAAAGGUAUUCGCUUCCAAGAUAUUGACGUAGCAGAAACUCUACAACCCAUGCUUACAAAACAUGGCAACAGUUUACUUGAAGAAGCCAGAGGAGAAAUAAGAAAUUUAGAAAAUGUUAUUCAGUCACAAAGAGGCCAGAUAGAAGAGUUAGAGCACUUGGCUGAGAUCCUGAAAACUCAGUUGAGGAGAAAAGAAAAUGAAAUUGAGUUCUCUCUUCUUCAGCUUCGAGAACAGCAGGCUACAGAUCAAAGGUCAAACAUUCGGGACAAUGUAGAAAUGAUUAAGCUUCAUAAACAACUCGUGGAGAAAAGCAAUGCUCUUUCAGUAUUGGAAGGAAAAUUUAUUCAGCUUCAAGAGAAGCAGAGAAGUCUCCGGAUCAGCCAUGACGCCUUGAUGGCAAAUGGAGAUGAGCUAAAUAUGCAACUCAAAGAGCAGCGUUUAAAAUGCUGCAGCCUUGAGAAGCAGUUACAUUCCGUGACAUUUUCUGAAAGAAAAAUAGAAGAGUUGCAGGAUAGAAUUAAUGACUUAGAAAAGGAACGGGAACUUUUAAAGGAGAACUGUGAUAAACUUUAUAACAGUGCCCUCAGUGCUGCCCACGAAGAGCAAUGGAAGCUAAAGGAACAGCAGCUCAAAGUGCAGAUCGCUCAACUCGAGACUGCCUUAAAGUCUGACCUAGCAGACAAAACUGAAAUCCUUGACAGAGUCAAAACCGAAAGAGACCAAAAUGAGAAACUCAUCCAAGAAAAUAGAGAACUACAGUUACAGUAUCUGGAACAAAAGCAACAACUUGACGAACUUAAAAACCGCAUGAAGUUUUACAACCAGGACAGUGAUAUUAAUGCUGAUGAAUUGAGUGAAGCUCUCCUGCUUAUAAAGGCUCAAAAGUCACAAAAAAAUGGAGACCUUUCCUUUUUAGAGAAAGUAGACAAUAAAAUUAACAAAGAUCUAGAACGCUCCAUGAGAGAGCUACAAGCAACUCAUGCAGAAACGGUGCAAGAGCUUGAAAAGACACGAAACAUGCUAAUUAUGCAACAUAAAAUUAAUAAAGAUUAUCAGAUGGAGGUUGAAGCAGUGACCCAGAAGAUGGAAAAUUUGCAGCAAGAUUAUGAACUCAAAGUGGAACAGUAUGUUCAUCUUCUCGAUAUCAGAGCUGCACGCAUUCAGAAACUAGAAGCCCAAUUAAAGGAUAUUGCCUAUGGCACCAAGCAGUAUAAAUUUAAACCAGAAAUCAUGCCAGAUGACUCUGUUGAUGAAUUUGAUGAAACCAUUCACUUAGAACGAGGCGAAAACCUAUUUGAAAUCCAUAUCAACAAAGUAACCUUUUCUUCUGAAGUUUUCCAGGCGUCUGGAGAUAAAGAGCCUGUCACUUUCUGUACCUAUGCUUUCUAUGAUUUUGAGCUACAGACCUCUCCCAUAGUGCAAGGCCUCCACCCAGAAUAUAACUUCACUUCUCAGUAUCUUGUUCAUGUUGACGACUUAUUUUUACAAUACGUUCAGAAGAAUACUGUCACUCUUGAGGUCCACCAAGCUUACAGCACAGAUUACGAAACACUUGCAGCUUGUCAGCUGAGAUUCCAUGAAAUUCUAGAAAAAAGUGGUCGAAUAUUUUGCACAGCAAGUUUGGUUGGAACUAAAGGAGACAUCCCAAAUUUUGGCAUAGUGGAAUACUGGUUCAGAUUACGAAUUCCCAUGGAUCAAGCAAUUCGACUUUAUCGAGAACGAGCAAAAGCUUUGGGAUAUAUAACAUCAAAUUAUAAGGGGCCAGAGCAAAUGCGUUGGUCAAGUCAGCAGGCACCCAAAACUGCUCAGCUCAGUUCUACUGAUUCCACAGAGGGCAACUUAAAUGAACUUCAUAUUACAAUAAGAUGUUGCAACUGUCUGCAGUCCCGAGCAAACCACCUUCAGCCACACCCAUAUGUUGUGUACAAGUUUUUUGAUUUUGCAGACCACGAUACAGCCAUCAUUCCCAGUAGCAAUGAUCCACAGUUUGAUGAUCAUAUGUGUUUCCCAGUGCCAAUGAAUAUGGAUUUGGACCGAUACCUUAAGUCAGAGUCUCUGAGUUUUUAUGUGUUUGAUGAUAGUGACACUCAAGAAAAUAUUUACAUAGGAAAAGCCAAUGUGCCUCUGAUUUCACUGGCACAUGACAGGUGUAUCUCAGGAAUAUUUGAGUUAACAGAUCAUAAAAAGCAUCCUGCAGGAACCAUCCAUGUUAUAUUGAAAUGGAAAUUUGCUUACCUUCCACCAAGUGGAUCUAUAACUGAAGACUUAGGAAAUUUUAUACACAAAGAAGAGUCAAAAGUUGUUCAAAAACUACCUCCAACAUCCUCUAUUAGCACAAUAGUUGCACCAACACCUAAACCAAGACAGCGUUUAACACCUGUAGAUAAGAAAGUAUCUUUUGUGGAUAUCACACCACAUCAGAGUUCUGAGAUAACUACUUCUCCUGAAGAUGGGAAGGAAAUUUCAUCAGAAGUGGAGCAUACACCAGAAAUAGAAAUUAAUAUGCCAACUCUUUCACAUAUUCCUGAGGUUUCUCAAGGAAGCAGUGUAACGAAGGUAAAAGAGAAUACUGAGAAAAUACAAGGAAGAGAUGAUGAUGUGUCUUGUCUCUCUGAGGGUCAGCUUGCAGACCGAAGUUUGUCUUCUUCAGAAGGUGAAACAGAAAUAACUGAGGAACUAGAACCAGAAGAUGAGGAAGAGAGAUCAGCGUCUGACAGUGAUGAGUGUAUUAUUCCUGGUGCUGUCUCCGAGAAUAUCAAACAGCCAUCAGAAAAAAUUCGGAUUGAGAUCAUAGCUCUAAGCCUUAAUGAUUCUCGAGUAACUGAAGAUGACACUAUCCAACGGCUGUUCGUUGAAUGCAGAUUCUACAGUCUUCCUGCUGAAGAGACACCUGUGUCACUUCCAAAACCCAAGAGUGGGCAGUGGGUCUACUAUAACUAUAGCAAUGUGAUCUACGUGGAUAAAGAAAACAACCAAGCAAAGAGAGACAUCUUAAAAGCUAUCCUACUGAAACAAGAGAUGCCCAAUAGAAGGUGUCAGGAGCUAAAUGCUGGACAAGGUGAAGUCCCUGAACUUAAACAGAGUUUACAUCCCACUGAGGAAGGCAGACACCAACAAGUAAACCGAUUACAUAUUACAAUAAGUACAAAGAGAAAGUUAAACAAGUUAGAAUAGAACGGUGAAGGCAGAUCUAAGGAGGUGACAAAAAGCUGGAUAGUGAGGGAUGAGAGAACCCAGUCAGGUCAUGAACAGCCUCAGGAACACCAUUCAUUCCAGGCAGAGGGAGCUCCAGGCACACAGGAAGACAUAGAGGUGUGCGUCUAGGACCCGGCAGAGGGGUUAGCAAGGCAGAUUUCGCUGGGAAAGGGAGAGUUUUGCAGGAGGAGAGGGAGGAAGCAGAGGCAGAAGCAGCCCGUGUGUCGCUUCCCGUCUCACCUCCACAUGGGUACUUGGCAUCGCCCCCCUGUGUCUGUCCCGGUCCUCAGACUGGGUCCUCUUCGGGACGCGAAACAAGGUGUCCACUCUGUUUUGGCUUAAAGCUGAGACAUAAGAUGUCUUCUGUACAGUUUAAACUAAGCCAGACUGUGGCUUUUACAUUAUCUUAGUGCACCUUCUUUCCUUUUCAAAGCUUGACUUCGCAGUUUCUUAAUUUCCUAUUUGACAUCUCACUUGGCUCUCUGUAGAAUUCAAAACAAGAAAUACUGAAUGUGGGUUUCUAGCCAUUUCUCUGGCAUCUAGAAAGGUUCGUUUUUCUUCCUUUUUGUCUCAGAAUUCUAAUAUAUUCAGUGGAGGUAAAGGUCUGCAUUUGUAAAGCGAUAGAGAUAUGAUCCUUAAAUAUGAGACAGUACAGGAGGAUAACACUUAACAAUAUUAGUGCGAUCUGUACAACCUCUAUUUUUCUGUAAGCCUUGUGGAUGUACAGUGUGCAUCAACUUGUUUGACUGAUACAGUCAUCGUAUGAUUUGGCAAUUUCAGUCCUCAACAGAAACGAGCAUUCCCCAGGUCUUCUUCUUCUCUUCCAUUAGAAAUGUAGAAGCUUAAGCAGUCCUACGUAGAUUAAUAAUGAUAGUCAUAAAAGUGGAAACACUGUGUUUACCAUGUUCCAGGCACUCUUUACAUGUAUCAUCUCAUUUGAGUGCCCGCAAGAGCCCUGAGAUAGGCAUAACUCUUCCCAUUCUACAGAUACAAGAUCAGAGAGGUUAAGCAAUGUGUCCGAGGUCACAAAGUUAAUAGUAGGAAAGCAGAAACUGGAACUCAAAAUGGGUGCCCUUAACCACUCCAUCCUAAUCCCUCUAUUUUAUGCAUCAUGUAAAGCAUUCAGUGUAUCCACUUAACAGACCAGCAUCUGCACUCUUGACAAUUAUUGUGCGAAUAGGUAUUGCCUUUGAUUUCAACCGAAGGGAUUCGUAAUCAAAAUGUAUUGCUGACUGAUAACAGGGACUCCAUAAAGGAAUUAAACGUUGAAUACUUAUUUUCAGCAAGUUAGUUAAAUACUAUCAUGUUUACCUAUAAGCGUUUGGAAAAGAUUUUCUUUGUGCAUAUGUUUCAAGGCAUGAUUUCUCGGAGACUUAGAAUUUCAUCUAAAAAUGUUACCUAAGAAACAAGUUUCUUGUCUUGUAUCUGAUUUGGGAUGGAUACGUUCUGAAAAUGGUUAAAAUGGUAGUUUACGAGCAUCCAUGGUUUAAGUUAUGCUGCCAAGACAUAUCCAAAGAGUACUUAACUGUAAAUUCCUGUCAUUUGGUCAAUCCAAGUGUGUUUGGCCUCAGCACAAGCCACUAAUUCAAAUCAGUUCCAUCAGAACCUUACAAUUAUGUGUCUAAAAGUAAAAUAAAACUUGGAUGCUAUGAUUGUGAACUAAAACAUUGCUGAAGUAACACAAACACUUCAUGUAGCUCUUGGGCAGAACUACCACAUUUACCUGACGUGACUCAGGAUGUUACCCGGCGAGUGCCGUGUCUGUGUUUCGCGGACACAUAUGGUUGGAGAGACUGCUUAGUAGUCACUCUGAAGGUGUACGUUUCUAUAGAAAAUGUUGCAUUUCUUUUGAAAACGGGGCCCUGAUCUCCCUGGUCCUUCUCCAUUUGAUCUUUCUAACUUAAAAAUAGAUGUGUCAGGGCACCUGGGUGGCGCAGUCAGUUAAGCAUCCGACUUCGGCUCAGGUCGUGAUCUCACGGUUCGCGGGUUCGAGCCCCGAGUCAGGAUCUGUGCUGACAGCUCAGAGCCUGGAGCCUGCUUUGGACUCAGUGUCUCCCUCUCUCUCUCUGCCCCUUCCCUGCUCAUGCUCUGUCUGUCUGU